CGAUUGGAAGGUACUAACGUCGUCAUCUAACCUGCAUCCCCCGAGUUUCUGGGCAUUUGUGUGGCUGUGCAGCUUGAAGUCGCGACACUCAUAUGAGCAAUACUAUGAUUCUAUAGUUUACAGCUCGCUCUUGUUAAACUAUAUCCAUAUUUGCCACUUGCACAAUCGCAAUGCUAUAAACCGAGUCGCAAACAAUGCAAUGCUCUAGGAUACAAUGCUUAGUCCCGGGUUAAUGGCGACAUCGACGCAACAUCGAAGGGCCAGGGCCAAGUUCUCUUUCCGCUCGUUUUAUAUAUCGACUCUAUUGCUUUGCGCCUUUGCUUUGAUUAGUCUGGUUGCGACCCAGGUUGCCCGAUACAAGUAUGGCGACCAGUAUGGGAGUGUCCAGCGACGUGCAGUGGCGGAACUCGACGUCAACAGGUUGCUCAAGAGAGAUGAAGAGUGUCGGCUCGUCCAUUUCGCAGACGACAAAUGCGCCUUCAUAAAAGCAAACUGUCCGGACGAAGAAGCAGGCCUCCUGUCUUACCUAUCCCUCUACUACUGCGCUCUUCCAAAUGCGCAACCCGUCGCGUUCACAAUACUCGUUCUGUGGAUUGGGCUACUGUUCACGACGAUCGGUAUUGCUGCGAGCGACUUCUUUUGUAUAAAUCUCAGCACGAUUGCCACGAUUCUGGGUAUGAGCCAGAGUAUGGCUGGUGUUACUUUCUUGGCUUUUGGAAACGGCAGCCCGGAUGUGUUCUCGACAUUUGCGGCAAUGAGCACUCACAGUGGGAGUAUGGCUGUAGGAGAACUGAUUGGCGCCGCUGGAUUUAUCUCCGGGGUUGUUGCGGGGUCAAUGGCCUUGGUCAGAGAGUUUAAGGUUGGAAAGAAGAGCUUCGUUCGCGAUGUCGGCUUCUUUAUUGUGGCUGCGAGUUUCAGCAUGGUUAUGUUGGCCGAUGGUGUCCUGUACUUGUGGGAGUGUUGCGUUAUGAUCGGUUUCUACGUAUUUUACGUGGCGGUGGUUGUGACAUGGCAUUGGUAUCUCCAGCGACAACGAAGGAAGAGAGAGCGCAUUGCCCUUUCACGGGGCCAUUAUCAAGGGCCAGCAUUUGCGGAGAUAGAAGUGCUGAUAGAAGAUCACGAAGAUGAAGAUGGUGAAGAAGGUGGAGGGGCCCUUGGACGGUCAACUGAAGACUUUGCGGACUUGGAAAGGAGUCUCCACGACCGAUCGCCCAAUACCGAACGAGACUCCGAUGAUGAUAGCGAUGGUGAAGGAGAGAGGGGGAGGAUGUUUGCUACAGAAGUGAGCAACAGCAUGCGGGUUCUGCGUCCAAGGGGCGGUAGAAGGAACACGAUGACUCCAAUCAGACCCAGUCUCAUCGGAGCAAUGGAGUUUCGUUCGGUUUUGUCUUCACUUCAAAAAGCGAGGGGUACUUCCGAACACCAAAUACGACUUCGACAGUAUUCAGAUGAUCGGGUGCCAUCCUCCAACCCAUCUUUCGACCGAGGAACUGUUCAGUCCAAUCCGUCUGAGCAGGGUACUGUUAUCGUCACUGAUGCAGACCACCCGUCAGGUUCAGCGGAUUUGAUCGAACCUUAUUCUCCAACGGUGGCAUCCUCCGCGGAUGAUGUCAAUAAGAACCCGAGGAAUCCUAGUCAUUAUUUUGCCGCAGAAGCCCCAGGCGGCGGUAUUGAUGGUUCAGGGCCUAGCGACCCUCGGUAUCUGGCCCCAAUAAACACCGCCGGAGGACCAGACAGAAACCAGCAGUUUCCAAAAACUGGUGACGCCAUACCGCCCUCGCCAGUAAUUUCAGUAUCGUCUCCGCCGAUUCCUCGUGAGCCCGAAGACACCAGUCCACCGCUUCAAGCUGGGCAACAAAAUGAGCAUGGCUUAGCACCACCCGCACCAGAUUUUUUUGGCGGUCACCAGUUGAAACCCGACUUCUUUCAAGCAGCAGCGACCGUAAACCCCUCGCCGGUUUAUUCUCCCCGAACUAAGGGACCUAGUCGGCCAAGGAUACGUGUUCCCGAUUCAAGAGACAGCUCCAGAACGCGCUCGUUAUCACCGGUAUAUGCAUUCCCUGCGUAUACGGACUCACCGCGGCCAAUGUCUCCUCCACAGCUUAUUUCUCCCCCACAAGCAAGGCCCGAAUCGGGAACUCUAAGUCCCCCAGGGACGCCUGGUGGACGAUCAUUCUACGGACAGGUCCCCGGAAGGCUUGUCAGGUGGUGGCCAUAUCGCUACCUUCCUGCCCCACAAGUUAUCCGCGCUUCUUUAUUUCCUACGUUUGAGAACUGGGAAGGCAAGAGUUUCUGGGAUAAAAUUUUGAGCGUGGUCUCUGCACCAAGUAUCUUCUUACUGGCUGUGACACUGCCGGUCGUAGAGAGUGAACUAAAAGAGGAUGAUGAAGAGCUUGAACUGGAGAAUGCUCGAGAACGCCAAUCAAGGUCUCGAAGUGCGACGGUCCAGGGGCCUCCCGGGGAGGCUCCUUAUACAGACAAUGAAGUCGCACCAGAAUGGGCCAACUAUCGCCGCAGUUCUAUCCGCAAUUCUGUCCUGCUUACUCCUGGAGUGGAGCAAAACGUUCGUGGACUUGCCGGACAUGGGAACGCAGCUAGCAUAGCCAUCGCAACUGAGGACAUCUAUCACGGCAACCCUCACUCUGAGCCGCUACCGCCAAAGAACGUCAAUCCGGCCCAAGAUUACUUUGCUAUGCAGGCUGAGUCAGCCCUGCCAGAGCCUGCCGAUUGGAAUAGGUGGCUUGUUGUGGUUCAGAUAUUCACCGCGCCUGUGUUUGUCUCCCUUGUUCUAUGGGGUAACUUGUACCAUGACGACCUGCAGCCGAAACCCCUUUUCAUGAUGAUUUUGUAUGGCUUGAUUGGGUCCCUAGUUACCCUUGCUAUCCUGACUGUCACAACAAGACAUGAUAGGAUGCCAAAAUAUAGGCACCUAUUUUGCUUUCUUGGAUUCAUUGUCAGCAUUGCCUGGAUCUCCACGAUUGCCAACGAAGUCGUAGGGGUGCUGAAAGCCUUCGGCGUCAUCGUUGGUAUCUCCGAUGCCAUUCUUGGACUCACGAUAUUCGCUGUUGGAAAUUCCUUAGGCGACCUUGUCGCAGACAUCACUGUUGCGCGUCUUGGAUAUCCCGUCAUGGCGCUCUCCGCGUGUUUUGGUGGCCCGAUGCUCAACAUUCUCUUAGGAAUUGGUGGGAGUGGACUUUAUAUGACGCUCACGGAGGCCAACCACAAACAUGAAAAGCAUCCAGGGCGGCCGAUGAAGUACAAGCCCUACGUGAUUGAUAUCAGUCCGACACUUCUGAUUUCGGCUGUCUCACUGCUUAUUACGCUCGUGGCAUUAUUGAUCCUCGUGCCGCUCAACAAAUGGAUGAUGACUAGGAAGAUUGGAUAUGGAUUGAUCACGUUGUGGGCGGUUAGCACAGUUGCCAAUCUGAUCGUAGAAAUAACGGGGGUUUGGGGGGAUCAUACAUCGUUGUGAUCGGUUGGUUAGUCGUUUGUGUUACUGUAGAUACCCAGCCAUAUCAUCUAAUUUAAGGGCAUAUCGGCUCUAAUGUGAGUUUAUAUCGA